AUGUUAAAGGAUUUACUCCAGCGCUUUAGAAUCUGUGAUUUCUCCGUCGGGAGUGCCGUUCCAUCGGAACUCAGAAGCGAUGCGGUUCCCUUGUCUGUUGGACCGCAGUUCGCCUUGAUUUAUGAGAAUAAAUUCUUCGUUUCAUUGCAGUUGACGUACGCUUAGAUUUCCCUGACCUUACGAUUCAUCCACACAUUUUGCAUCUCUUACAACCGCUGUUGCACCAGGCAGCGAAGCCUGAAUAGGGCUGCUUCGAAUAAGAAGAUACGAUCUUCCGAACUGAUUCCUGCAAUUUGCCUAUUCACUUCAAUCGGCGAAGAUUGCUUUUUGAAGAAGAAGAAGAAGAAGAAGGAGAAGAAGAAGAAUACACGAUCGCCCCUGAUGAUGGAUUCGAGCAGGAAUCCGAAACGUCAGGCUAAUAAAGCUCUUGUCCCGGCGAUCGUUUCUUCUUCUUCUUCUUCUUCUUCAAGACUGCUUCCUGGGACUCGUCUCUUCGCUUCUAUUGGCAAAGAUUGCUUUGUCUGCGUCGGUCCAGCGGUCGGUGUUGCCUUUAUACGGCCUGUUCUUCUCGGCGAGCAGAUUGCUAAUAUCUGCGUCGUCGUCCUCGUCAUCGUCGUUGUCGAACCCGUCCCAGUGUUCACUACGUGCGCGUCCGAGUACGUCCAGGGUAAUGGAGUUGGCAGCAUUCCGCAGUUGACACCACGGAGUCUCUACAGUAGCGUUAUCGUCUGAGGCCUGCAGGUCUUGCAGUCGUUAGGUCGGUUGAUUGCUGGAAUCGGAGUGGUGAGCAGGCCACUUCAACAGAACAGUAUUCAACUUACCUGAUGGUCGCUCACCUUAUGGUCUCCUGUGAGGUUGCAGUCGGAGCCUCAUCUUGGAGAUGGCAAGGCGGUGGUCAGUUCAGUCGUCGGCGUCGCGGAUCGCCUUGGUAACCAGCACACCCUGUCGAUUUUGCCUCCGGACGAGAGCUUAGUCCAGCGGCUGCCAGCGCCGUGAUUGGGGAUGCAUUCAGGUUGUCUUCUUCGCGUCAGAAAGCGGGAGAUGGUGUUGGCCAAGAGGAGGCAGUAUUCUGCGCAGGUUCGCAGGAGAAGGAGGCCUUUGUCGUUGCAGUCGCCAAGACCAUGAGGACCCAACACUCCCCUUCAGACAGCGUGGUCUGUCUCGACGCAGGCAUUGAAGUCACCAAGGUCAAUCUGCUUGUCCGCCUUCGGCACAGUCGCCAGAAGGGCGUGCACGAUCUCGUGGAAUUUGUUCUUCGCCUCUUCGGAGUCGGUCGUUGCAGGAGAGUAGUCGUCGACGACAGUGGCGAAAUUGGUUACUGGAAGAGAGACAGCUGAGGGUCAUGAGGCGGUCAUUGAUGCUUUGUAGUGGAUAGGACGGUCGUCUCAUGAUGCCUUUCCGGAUGAAAAAAGUGAUGCCAGCAUCGCGUCGCUCUGCCUUUGGGCUGUCGGUUCAAAAAAAGGUGUGGCCGGCGCCUACCUUCUCCAUUUGUUAUGCCAUGCCAUGAUCGGCAAACCAUGACCCUCACGGCCUCAUGUGCGCUGGCAGUUCUCUGGCACCUGGUUUCCAACCGGUAGAUGCGCUUACGCUCCCUCUACGUAUUGUGGUCGUGAGCAUGGCUGCCCAGUCAUCCGCCUCCUUCUGACUCGUUGUUGUGUUUUUUUAUUAAAAUGCUGGUCAAGUGUUUGUUGUGCUCCAGGGGGUGUGGUGGUAUGCCUAGGUACGGGUUCGACCGCCCCAUUCACCUGUGCUCUCCACCGUCUUCGGUCUUCUUGAAUAUGUCUUGACACCGGUCCCAGUUGGGGAGGGGGAGAGAGCGCGGUAGAUGCUGCGCAAGACCGCCCUCACUAAAAACUACUUUACGCGCAAGUCGCCAUGUCUGCUUCACCUCGCUGUGGACCACACGGUGGAGAUCGCCGGUUACGACGCUUGAACUAUUAGAUUGACUGAAUGCCUCAGCGAUCGACAUAGUUAACUGCUUUAGCACAAGACCAUGCCUAUUGGUUGUCACAUAAUUUAAAGUGUUUGUCUUGUCGAUUUAUUCGCAUCGUUGUAGUCGUACGCUAACGCCAGCCCGAAAGCUCAAUUGAACAAAUUACUGUGUUUAGAGAUCAAAUCACAAAAUUUAACACACAAAUACAUUUGCUUUAGGUUCACAUUGAUUCACUUAUCUCAAACAACGUAGUGAAUGAUCGUCCUUGCUUUCUGAAUUUUCUGAAGAGAACUCUGCAGAAGUGGUCUUCAGAAGGAGCUGAUGACUCGGCAAUUGGCAACUUGCUUCUAGAUUGAUGAGAAAUCGUUGCCAGACUUCGUUAGGGAUUUAAAAGUUAUUGGCAGAACAAGACCGGUUUGGCUGGUCUGUGUCAGACUGGUCUCAUAAUCGCCAGCGUAGCCGUUCACAGAUAUCGUUUUUGGUUGUCCUUUUCAGCUGGAUACCUGCGCCGCGCGCGACUCAGUCUCCGGCGUGACGACAGCUUGGCGCCGACCGACAUUAUGCUCUUCGGUAAUUGGUCAAAUGCGGACAUGGCUCAAGCGCGCGUAUGGACGUCGUGCCGGGGUUACGAACAACAUCGACGGAUUUUAAGCUUGACAGAGCUACUUGUACUCUCCCGGCCGGUGGAGAGAUUGUCUUCCUAACCCUGCCUUCCUGACUCGUUUUGGGAAACUUCUCGUUGUUAACCCUACUUCUCAACAAGUUUACCGUUCUGUUUGCAUUGAUGGUGGAGAAUUUGCAAGUGGCUUCCCUUCGUUUCAUAGAUGGAAAUGAAUUUUCAAAGCACAGUUUAGAGGCAUUAUCUUAAUGCCGGUUUAUAUUCGUACACUAUUGUGAGUUUCCUCACUUUCACAUGCCGCUCAGCGAUACAUGACUUAUGCGAUCAAUCAGCCUCCGGUCCUGUGAUUGCGGCUGUAUGCUGUGUGAUGUUCAUCGGUUAAAAAGGGAGGGGGGGAAAACAGGCAAGCUCGUUUCGAAAUAGCGCCGUUAGGAGAGACUAGAUAGAUCCUAGUCACUCACGAAGAAUACUUGAACAAACUUGUGAUUUCAAUCACUUAGGUCAUCUCAGAUGGAAGGCCUGGCAAAUUUUACUUUGCCGUAAAUCCCCUGUAAUGUACUUCUUGACUAAACGCGCUCUACUUCUGUUGCCCUGUUGGGAAACAGACCGAUGUCCACUCCUUGCAUAUUGCAUGUCGGCAAUGAAAUUUCAAGCGCUCAACAAAUUGCUACACUGAGAAGAUUGCAGAGGCUUAUUUGCUACAGUCGUUGGGAAAGUGAGGCUGGCAACUUGGAACUAUAGAUUACAAUUAAAAAUUAAUUGGACACGGAAAAAUAUAUCCUACGUGCUACACGUGGCCUCGCGCCAAAUCCCAGGGGGUACCAAUCCCUGAGCCCAAACUUUAACCCUAACCCCAAUCCUAACACACUAAUUUUAGCUCCAGAAAUUUAGGCGAAAUUCACCCAGCCCCGACCCCAAAAAUUAGCGGUAUAUUCCUUACGCAAGCCUUGCGCGACCUCUUCACUUUUAACAUUGGGGAACUUAAGGAACCGUCAUUGCGUAGAACUGACACCGUCAGUCUUGAAGCAACCAAAGCAACCUCUUAAUGUCCAUGCCUCUAGCCCGACUUACGGCAUCGAAAAUCGCCACAGUCAGUUAUACCAUCAGAUACCAAAUUCACAUCUCUUUAGGACGUAAUAUUAUAUAAAAUAGGUCACAAAUUAGCUUCGCAGUCCGCAGUACUUCCCGUUCCUUGAUUGUUCGCUACUAUGCGACCGCCUGCGUAUGGUUCAGGUCGGAGCACAAACAAAACAUAACAUCCGUAUUCCAUCUAGCAAUCAGGCCAGAUCGGUGAACGCCACUUCUGUGUGAUUUUUAAUAUUUUAACCACGGUCGACAAAACCUGGUCAAGUGUAGGGAGUGACGAGUGGUCGCUGGACCCUAACACACCUGUGCGGCAAAUCUCAUGUCGGGGGACGAUGUAAGCAAGGUAGAGAACAUAGAGAUAGGUCACACGGGCGGUCGAAAUGGAGCACGGAUAGGAGCAUACUUGACGUAAACCGGAGGCAUAUUCUUGCCGAGGUAGUCAUCGACCAAUCGGUUCACGCGUCAGGGUCAGCCGCGAAAUAAGUCACCAAUGACGGCGACAGGACUGACUGCUGACCGGCAUAGUCGCUCUAGGGCCUAUGGCAAAGUGGACACCUGCAGGCUUUUAUAUGCAGCCCUCCAUUCCGGCCGGGCUGCAAAUCGAGGCGGACCGACGUCAUAAGCAACUGGCUAAGUUACUAUAACGAACGAAUCAUGAGAGGAAACUCAUCGCCCUCUGCGAGCAGUGCGAGGACAGGAUAGGAUGCUGUACUGGGCGUAGUACAAAAGAGGUGGGGGACUGGAAUGGACAGGCAGUAGCGUUUACCUGUUGGGAAAUUCCGCGGAGUCUGGGCUGGGAACUUCCUCCUUUCCUUUGUACCAGGUGCCGAAUGGUCUUGGCAUUUAGGACAAUAACCUGAAACCGACUUUUCUACGAGGGUCGUAGCGGGCUCUACACAUUCAGGCAACGCGCCCUUUCGACAUUGGGACAGAAAAUCGCUAACAUUGGCAACCUUAGGCAUGAGUUGUCUCGUUUUGUGUGACUUCACUGGAUGACUGGGGAUCACUAGAGAACACGAGCCAAAAACUCGUUUGAGAGGGCUAGUAAAAGCACCGCAUUCGUUGAGACGGUUAAAUAAUUGUACAUUGUUCUUUGAAGGUUUCCCGACAUCUGUGCUAUCUCAGGGCGGUAAGAAUGUUUGGGUUCUGCGAAAAAUGUCUGUGUAAAUGUGGACGACAUCUGUGCGGCGUGGGUCGACAACAACCAAAGCUGUCCUCCCCUAAUUUUUCUCGAAAGAUACCAUGAGUCAGCAAAGAACCUGCGGGCAUUUACCAGAAUGCCACGAAUCGUGUCUGUUGAUUCUACUACUCAUGAUGUAGCAACUUUUCAGGGUUCUACACCAGCUGUGAUCGUCUCUCACAAACUGUACCUCCAACGUUUGACACUGCAGCAACCGGCUUUUAGCGAAGCUGGUUAUAGUUCCAGCCUCUCAGUAGUGGUACUUCUAGUGAAUAUCAUGCGAUAUUUGACAGCAGGAACUUAGUACAAAUUUCCAAAGCUCGGCCCUUUCGGUCGACGUUAUCCUCUAGGCUAUGAUCGUUGCUUGUAUUAAUGAGGACAUUCACUAUAACUGAUUUAGUUCUUUUCACGUCCCACUUGCUCCACACCGAUACGAUUACCCCCACUGCGGUCGAUCGGCGGAAGACUCCGAGCACAGCUAAACCUGUCGACCUGCCAGCCCCGUAAACCGAAGACUACAGUGCCAGAAAUGCAAUCGCGGUCAGUUAUUAUCAUGUUCACACACCUUGUCAGGUAGUCGCCUUGACGAUGUCGUCAACUCGGCCGGCCUCAGUUGAGAUAACACCCGGUGCGAUUCUCCUCUCAGAAGGGCGCGAAACAUGACCAAACCAUCUCAGUCGGCGAGUUAGGAGGGUAUAGAUGACCAGUUCCAUACUCAACUGCCUGGGAAGUCGCCCGUUAGAGGCGUGACCAGUAGAACUUGCACUUCAGACAGCAUUCGUUUUAGGGUGUUAUAAAAGGGACUUUAUUUAGCAUUCAUUAGUCAAAUGAUUAGUCUCUUUACCUUUCUUUGGCUGACCGAGACCACAUAGAGCCUUGGUUUAACUAACCAUAUCCAAAAGAUCAUGCAAAUUUUAAAAACUAUUGAAAUCUUCAGCAAACAAGACAGGGCAACGUGACAGGUUUAAGGAGAAAAGUGGAGGCCUAACGCGUUAAUCAUCUGAAUCUUUCAGAAAUUCCGGUGACCAUUUUCUGCUGUCCUUACCUACUUUUUCACUACAUUGAUCCGCCGUGCAAGCACUGACCCCCCCCCCCUCCCCAUUUGGAGCAAUUAAUACAAUUUUGGGCCACUGCGUUCUGAAUGAGUGAAGGAAAGUGGUCUAAACCAUAGUAGUUGAAAAGCAAUUCCCUUGUUGGUAAUUAGAAUACUACCGUCUACUCAAAUAAAGACAAUACCAGCUGAUUUGUUUUGAAGUGGUCGUGCAGAAAUGAAUUAACAACUAUAGGAGAGAAAACCUAAACGAGAGAUGUAGGAGGAGCAUUGACGACCGUGACGAAAGCCCCAAUCCUACGACGGAGCUUAGGACGGCCACUUUGUCAACAAUCAUGUCCAGUCCACGGCCAACGAUGACCAAAGGUACAGUAGACUGCCACACUAUUGCGUCUGAGAAGGAUUCCUGUUUUGUGUUUAGGAUGCCAGGCUAGUAAAAUUGUGAUUCCUCAUAUUAUUUCGCUUCCUGGAGUUGUGGAGACACGUUUUUGCUCUAGUUCACUGUCUAUUUUCUUGAUUAUUAUCCAGGGGCAAUAUGGCAGUCUGAGAUUUGGUAGACAGUCUUAUCCGGACUAUCAUGUUAUCGGGAAGAUUAUUUUAUUUUCUUUUGAAACUAUUUCGGGUUAUCAUUCGACAUAAUGGUUUUAGGAAUACAGAGUCCGCCAAAAAUUUGCGUUGCCAGGCAGGAUUUGGGAACCAACGUUUGCAUCAGAAUUUCUAUCCAGAGAGAGAGAGAGAGGAGAACGUUUUAAGUCGAAAGUACCAUUCCAAAAUUUUCGGCAAAACAUCCUCCAUUCACGUGGCCAGAAUACAAACUACAAGAUGAUGAGAGAGGUAAUAGAUUUGAGUAAAGACGGUACAACUGUUCAGGCCUCAAUUUCUGUAUUUCGACCUUCACACUUUAGACAUCGGGCCAGAGAUGGUAAUAUUGACCGCUGGUAUGCUGAUGUAUGGCAAGAUAUAUGCCAGAAGGCACGGAGCAUGGGUCGGAUUGACUUUCAGUCAUUAAUUCAGAGUGAAGAGGAUGGAGAACAUCACCCAGAAUUCGAUCAGAAAACUGCUUGACCGUUAUGAAAUGUCGUAUUGAGAUAUCAGCUAAAAAGGUACAAGGAACACUGGCAACAAAAGAGAGCAUUUAGAGAACGAGUUUCAAAAUGAGCAUAUUUUUUCAGCCAGUCAGGAGAAGUAACCGGAGAACAAAAAAGAAUGAUAGGGAGAAUACAGUCAUCUGAAAAUCUCCAGGUUAGGGGUUGUGGUGUGUGAUAGAAACGUAAACAACGAAUAUAAUAGACAUUUCUACGUAUUUUGGUGAAAGUGGCUUUAUUAUGAAGGGAGAAUGAGAGAUUUGAGUGCAGAGUAACACCAACAUACCGGAAAGAUAAUACUUCACCGGGAAGAAUAUCAAGGUAUUCAGGGAUAGGAAAGGGUUGUGGUCGAAAAACACACUCGAUAGAUCUCUGAUCUUUAAUCAGAAGUCCGUUUUCAAACGAUCAAGCAAAGACAUGAUCCAAGCCAUCCUUCAAGAGCUGAAGAUGUCUGAUUUUUAGUAGGGUGACCAACAACCACAUCAGCUUACUUAACAUAUAAGUAGUCGUGGGGUGACCUCAGAUCAUUAAUGAUAAGUGAGAAGAGGUAGGGGGUAAGAUGAAACCAUAAAGGACUCCGGGGUUAUAAGAAAGAGCAGUCGAUUUCUGCUUGCUAGACCAGCCAAAUUGGGUGUGGAAACCAAAAAAAUCUUUCAGCCAAUAAAUAAUCCGGUUAGGUGACCCGCACUCAGAUGUUUUCAUAAGAAGAUGAUGCGAGACUGUGUUGAAGGCAGAGGAGUAGUCAAAAGAUGUGCAUGCGUACGCAAGACAACCCUUCUCCAGCUUUCUCAGAGCAGAGUGGAUUACAAGAGCGACAGUAUCCGAGGUAAUACGCUUGGCUUUAUACGCAAAUUGUAAAGGGUCGGAGAAAUUGAAGAGGGCAAUUUUUCCAGCGAGCUUCAUGCUUGCGGAGAAACAUGCAUUUGGACAAAAGGACUUAGGAUCAGAACUAGCAGUCUUCUUAAAAAUGGAAUCGAUUCUUACUGUACAGCAAAUGUCAGGCAUCAUUGACCCUGUGAAGGACAUGUUAAUAAGAUGUGCUGAAGCAGAUGCUAUCUGAGAAGUACAUGACUUAAAGAGAAAUGGGGUGACACCAUCCGGCCCGGCGGCUUUUGACCCACGGACUUCAUGAAGAUAUUUCUCGACCGUAAACACAGACAAAGGACAUAAGACACAUGGUUAAAUCGAUAUGUCGUUUAAGGGAGGAUUGGAAUCAUUGAGAGCAAGGAUAAAAUUGGCGUAAACAUGUGUUUGGUAUGCUUCGUUGGCCAGUGAGACGUUUAACUUUCCAUUACAUGUCAGUAGAGGAAAAAGGAAAUGAAUGGGUGGAAGAAGAAGAAGAAGAAGAAGAAGAAGAAGAAGGAGGAGGAGGAGGAGGAGGAGGAGGAGGAGGAGGAGGAGGAGAAAGAAGCUGACUAG